AUGUACAAGAUCUCGGGUUCCUCGCACUGGAUCAACUGCUACACAUCCAAGAAAUUGGCCGCCUUUCUUGGGGAUCAUGGGGCCUGUGGGGAAUUGGUGAGGAAUCAGACGCGGUAUUCUGGUGAUUUACAACGCAUCCAGAUCUUUUUGGUAUUCACCUCAGCCCAAUAUUGCUCCCCGCAGCGCGUACUUGAGAUCAUGGGAUAUGGGGAAUCAGAUAUGAUCGCUGGUCCUUCAGCCUCUGCUGGUCAUGCUGAUACUCGCCGCAGCCCGACGUAUCCGAUUUGCAUUCGUAGACCAUCAGCUGAGGAUGUGACCAUACUUCACAGUACUGUCUCCUUUCGGAGCCGUCGUGGCGGGCUUGCGAGAAGCCGACAUUCACAUGGCGCUUCUGCGGCGAUGUGA